AUGUCUCCAGCGGAAGAUGGAGAGGUUGGUGAAAACGCAGAGGAGCAGCCGUUUCUUGUCCAAGAGACAUCACGAGACGAGGGGGAAGUCGAGGCAGGUGCGAGUCCGGCUGCGACUACUGCCUCUUCCACUCCCCUCAGCGAAUCGAGUCAAACUGCCUGGCUCGGAAAGAGCCGAGCCUCACGACAGCACAGAUGCUGCAAGUUGAGCCUCUUCCUUCUUUUCUCCUUCGUCACAAUCUUGGGUCUUUGCGGCAUCAUGCUGAGGUUCCCACCCAGAGGAACGAGAGGCUCUCUUGAUGUGCACCCCCACGACGAUCAAGAAAAGAACCACCAAGAUGAUCCAGCCAAAGGCCAAACCGAUGACCCCGAGCACCAUACAAUACUACACUAUCCUGAAGACGUCCCCCGCACGCCACGAUUACGAGACAUAUCCGAGUAUGUGCUUCCGCCGUCAUGGAACCGCAGUGCUGCACGGGUAACUCGGGAAUACUACUGGACAAUAUCAGAUGCUGAAUUGAACCCAGACGGAGUCUAUCGACCCAUGAUGCUCAUCAACAGCCAAUUCCCCGGCCCCUUGGUGGAAUGCAACGAAGGUGAUACAAUCGUUGUCAACGUGGAAAACAAAGCCGUAAACGCCACAUCAAUUCACUUUCACGGACUCUUCCAGAAUGGAACCAAUUGGAUGGAUGGCACUGUAGGCGUCACCCAAUGCCCCAUUGCCCCUAACUCAAACUAUACAUAUAAAUUUGUUGUCCGUGGACAGUCCGGCACAUACUGGUAUCAUGCUCAUCAUAGUGCUCAGGCAUCGGAUGGCUUGGUUGGACCUGUCGUUAUUCAUUCCCAGGAUGAGCUUGGACUGCAAGAGGUCAAAUAUGUGACGGACAGAGUUAUCAUGGUCCAGGACCAUUACCACAGCACAACAGCUGAGUUGUUGAUGUAUUAUCUCCAGCCAGACCAGGAAAACAACGAACCUGUUCCAGACAAUGCGCUCAUCAACGGCCGUGGCGUCCGGAGUUGUGAUGACUUCAAGGGGUGGCAUUGCGAUAACAGCAACACGUCUAAUCCGAUAUUUGACCUAACUGCAAACCAGCGGCAUCGUCUACGAUUCAUCAACGUGGGAGCCUUUGCCGAAUUCCAAAUACAAAUUGACGAACACCCAUUCUACAUCACGGAGGUUGACGGAACAGAUGUUCAUCCGGAGCCCUUCCAUCGUCUCAACAUCUUACCUGCUCAACGCUAUAGCGUCAUCGUUGACACCAACGUCACUACCGCUGAUGCAUAUUGGCUGCGGGCCAGGAUGGUCACGCACUGCUUCGCCACACAAAAUGGUCGAUUACAGCCGGAAGUCAGAGGAAUAAUACGGUACAUCUCGUCAGUCUCUCAGCCCCUCACAGCUGAUCCCCAAAGCAAAGACUGGCCGGAGGUCAUCGAAACCAUGUGUCGUGACCUGAACACGUCGGUUCUACAUCCAGUUCAGCACAUGAACCCACCCCCCGCAGACGACUUCGUCACCCUUAGAGCCAACUUCAUGAUUGGAGCUUGGCGUCUAGCACGAGGCUUCUUCAACGACUCAACUUGGCAUGCAAAUGUCACCCACCCCUCUCUCCAUCGAUUCCUCGAUGCUAAGCCUGAAUCAACCAGCCUCGAGGCCCCGUUGGCCAUCAAUAACAAAGUGUUCGACAAGGACAACGACUUUGUCCUUCAAACAAAGGGCAUUCGCACAGUCGACAUCUCCAUCAACAACUUUGACGACGGCGCACACCCUUUCCAUCUCCACGGCCACAAAUUCUUCAUCAUUGCCCAGGCUCGGAGCGGAUAUCCCCCCACAGCCGCAACGCUGGACAAGUACCUGCAGCACAAUGGUAUGCCAGAGAACCCCCUUCGCCGGGACACUGUCACGGUAGAAGCCUACUCAUGGGCCAUAGUACGCGUUGUGCUCGACAAUCCCGGCAUAUGGACGCUUCACUGCCAUAAUACGUGGCACUCUGAGUCGGGCAUGGUAAUGCAGUUACUCGUACAAAGUGAAGUAGUUCGUAGGUGGACGGUGGAUCCGCAGCGCAGAGCAAUGUGUGAGCUGGAAGGUGUCAUGUCUGGCAUCAGGCCAGACGAUAGCAUUUGGUUUGGCAGUUUCUAG